GCGGUGCAGAAGCUUUAUGGCCAAGGGUCUGCCCUGGACUGUAGGCGCCAUGUCCAGAAGCUAAACCUGCUGCAGGGUGAGGCAGAGGAAGCACUCGGGUGGACAUCUCGGUGUGUAGAAGACUCUGUAAAUGACAGCAAAAACACAGCAGCCCAACAUGAAGACAGUUUGGUCCAGCAGGAGGGAAGGGCAGAAGUCAGUCGGUGGAGUAAAUAUUUGGACAAGGACAAUGAAGAUCGGGAAGAUGGGGAGGAGGAGGCAGGUACAGAAAGGCAACAGUUCUGUUCCCGGAGGAAGAACACUGUGGAAGACCAAAGGAGACACCAGAAGAGCUGCUUCUCCAGUGAUGCUCAGGAGUAUGCUGAAGAAGAUGAAGUUUCCCAGCUUGCCUACCGAGCCAAAAAGCACAAGAAAUGUUUAGUAGCAGUGCCUGACCAAGAUGAUGGAGAUGCUGUUUGUGGACACAGCGUGGUUCCUGCUGUCUGUGAGUCCAUAGUGCCUGCGGAGAAUACACCAACCCCAACUGCUUGUACCAAACCCUCAAAGUGGGAAAAAUUUCUCUCACAUUCUGGUAACUAUAGUGAAAAUGCAGCCAGGAUCACCUUAUCACCACAGGAGGGCGGUGGAAGGUUGGGGCUGCACAGCACCACACUGCCUGGCACGAUGGUGCCCAGCACCAGUUGCUCAGCUGGGGAGGAUGUGUUGUUCAAAGAACCUCAAAGCCAAAUGAUAAGGGCAGGAUCUGGUGUCAUAGGCACCACUGCAGGAAGAUGCUGUUCAGAUAGCACAAGGAGGGCAAGCACCUUUGUUAACUGUAACACUAGACCAAAGCCUAGCACAGGUUCUCGUGAACGCCUCUUCUGCACAGAUGAUGAGUUUGAUGAUGAUCUCUGA